AUGAGCGUUCUCAGAUCCGCGUCAAAGUCGCGUGCAUGGAAGGGCAAGGAGCGCGACACUGUCCUCGAGCGAUCAGGCGCAAAUGCGGGCAUCGUAGUCCCUUUGCAAUUGCUCGAAGACUCCAUGUACCAAGCUGUAUAUACUGUUCCUAUUCUCGUCGGACAUCAGCAACAGAAUUUGUCUCUGCAGGUCGACACUGGUUCAUCUGAUUUGUGGAUCGCAUCAUCUUCCUGUUCUACCUCCGCCUGCGGCCAAACAGGUGGGAACCUUUACGACCCGUCCUCGUCCAAGUCUUCGGGAGCAAUCUUCACGAUCUCAUAUGCGGAGGGGGAGGUCAGCGGGCCGGUUGUGUGGGACAGUGUGAAGGUGGGAGGGUACAACAUCAGUGCGCAGGCACUAGCCGCCGCCACCGUCGUGUACAACGAGCCGCUCGAGUCUGCAUUCACUGGCAUUCUCGGCCUCGCGCUCCCAGAGAACUCCAAAAUCGCGCAGCUCAUUUCCCCAUUAGACACUCCCAACGGUGCCGCCUUUGCGUCAAAUCUCUUCAGGAUGUCAAAUUCCCCCCUUGGCCCUUCGGCGCCGUUCAUCUCGCUCGCUCUCGCACGUCCCGGCUCGUCCAAGGUUCCCUCCGUGCUCGGCAUCGGGAUGCACCCGGACGUGCUCGUGAGCGACCCUUCCAAGAUUAUCUAUGCUGAUCUCUCUUCAACAGACACUACCGGCCCGCUGUUCUGGAAGGCCGACGUGCAUGCGAUUACCGUGUACGUCGACGGUAAGGCUAUGCCCGUGACCCUUGGUGAGCCGGUAAAUGGUGGGCAGUAUACCACCGCCGUACUCGACUCUGGCACGCCUGUAAUUUUGAUGAUGCCGGACAUCGCGAGCGGCGUCUAUGGCGCGAUUGGCAUUUCUCCCGCUAGCGACGGACAAUACUAUGUACCAUGCACGACACCACUUAACAUGACGAUCACCCUCGACGACCGGCCAGAAAUUCCCCUCCAUCCCCUCGACCUUACCUACCUUGUCUCCGACCCCUCCAUGUGCCUCGGCAUGAUCCAGAACGCUGCCUUGCUCGGCAGUUCCGAAGUAUACGUCGCAGACGUGAUUCUCGGCGUCCCGUUCUUACGCAACACGUACACCGUGAUGGCGUACGAGACGCCCGACGCUCACGGCACCUUCCCCACCAACGACACCAAUGCCGCCUCCAGCUACCAGAUUAAUCCCAGCCUCGGGCUGCUCGGCCUCACAAACCCGACGAUCGCGCUUGCUGAAUUCACCCAGGUGCGCGUGGACCACCAGCCCCUCGAUGGCGCACCGACGGCGAACAUAGGCGGCUCAUCGAAAAAACUCUCCGUCGGGGUCGAGGUCCUCAUCGGUCUUGUAUGUUUCGCCGCCCUCUGCUUCAUCCUAUUUGGCGUGCGCUGGCUCAUCAUGCGACGACGAUGGCGGGGUGUUCCCCACCGUUUCGAGGACGGUGACCGCAAGGAUGGUGGGUACACGAUGCCUGAGAUCCCCUACAUCGCGGUGCAACCUACAUCCGCUGCAGACCUCGACACGCUCACAUCCUCCAACACCACGCUUCGCUCCCCCUCGUACAACGGGAGUACGCGUCGGAAGGAUGUACCCUCGCAUUAUACGGACAAUAUCGCACUCGCGGCUGCAGAGGACCUUAGCCCGAAUGCGGAGGAGUUCCCGUUCAAGUACACGAACGAAUAUUUUCCCGACACCCCCGAAUAUCAGACACUGCACUCAUGCGGCUCACUUUUACUCGGAGGGCCCCCUUCCCCAACCCCGACCUUGACGAGUCCGCCUGUUACGCACUCGCGGCUAUCGUCGCCCUCCUCGCAUGAGCGCACACCCAGCGGUGAGCCGAGCGUCGCUAUGCCACUGCUCGCGCACACGCGAGCUUACUCGCAUAGUCGCAGCAGCUCACAUACGCGCAAUGACUCGUACGUACAAUUCGCGCGGCCGCACUCUGUCGCCGUAUCACCCGAGUGGAAUAGCAUGGCAGAAUUCGGUGCGGUCGAUGCACCCCCGUCGAGCUUUGCGGGUGUCGGUACCGCGGCUCGCGGCGCUCGGAUCGACCCUGGCCGCCGCCGCCACUCGAGCUCGGGCAGCGUUGGGAGUGUCAUCAGUAUCGACCGUAUCGGGAGCGUCGGGAGCAUGCGGACGACGCCACGGCGUACCCCCAGUGGCCCUCGGGGCUUUGCACGCGACGGCGAUCGCAGGACAUGGAUGGGACCCGAGCCUGAGCUGCCUCCUGGGUCGUAG